AUGGCAGAAAUUGACUCUACCCACCCCGAGAAUGAUUACACACGGGGUGCACCACGGCCCCAUCACAAGUUCUACUUCCCCGAUGGAAGUAUUGUAAUCAAAGUAGAACAAGCGAUAUUCAAGGUCUCGAAAUAUGUUUUAUCGAAGCAUUCAAAUGUGAUCAAGGACAUGAUGUGUCUCAGUGGAGACACGGCCCAUGACGCUGGAGUAGACGAGAAUCCUCUACUAUUGGUCGGAGAUAGCGUGGAGGGAUGGGAGCUUAUACCAACACAGCUAAUAGAUAUCUACAACGACCCACGAUUGUACAAAUUCUUCACGCUGGCGCACAAGUACUCAAUGGAAAUCAUCGAGAAGAAUAUCAUCAGUCACCUGGAGAAAUGUAACAAUGUACAAGAUGCGACUAGCCUUUUAGUUCUGUCUCAAGUCAUAGAAUCGACCUCGCUGUAUAACAAGGCGAAAGAAGCGCUCGUCGAACAAGAAGUUGACAUGACUAUAAGAGACUCCGAAGUAAUUGGAGCACGCGCCACUUAUGAAAUACUAAUGGCCCGUAACAAGAAAGCCAUCAAUUUGGCAGUUAAGAUG